GUUUCUACCAAGAGCCAGCAGGAAGAGAGGAAGUCCAAUAUAUGAGGAUGGUUUAUCUACCAGGAGCAAGUUCAAAAAGAGAGGAAUAAAGGACAAGAGGACUAAACCAUGACUGGAUUGUUUUAGGAUGUGGGUGGUGUGCAGCAGACCUGACACCUUGGUGUGAUCCCAGGCAGAAGGGGGUCCAAUGGCCACUGCAAGUUAUGACCCCCACCUGGGCGAAGGCCCAUCCGAGGACUCGGACAUCCUCCUGGAUGAUUCUGAUUCAGGGAGUCUACUUUCUGAAGACUCAGUCCUUCCUGACUAUGAAAGGGACGAACAGCAUACGGAGACGGCUAAAACGUUGUAUGAGGCCUGCGCUAAGAACAACGCCGCAUCCCUGCGCAGGAUCAUGGAAAGAGGAGUUACUAAAGACGAGGCCAUGGAACUGGACAUCAAUGGCAGGGAUGGGCUAAUGGUGGCUGUGGCCAAUGGAUACAUAGACAUAGUCACUUUGCUGCACACGUGUCCAUUCAUAGACAUCAACCAUCAAGACAAUGAUGGCAAUACUGCCCUCAUGAUUGCUGCCCAGGCAGGCUUUGUCACCAUUCUAAACUAUAUCCUUAACUACUACUCUGGUGUGGACACUGAGGUCAGGGAUCCCCGUGGCUUCACAGCCCUCAUUAAGGCAGGCCUGCAGGGCAGAGAGGAGUGUGUAUCAGCUCUGUUAAUGCAUGGUGCAGAUAUGAAUGCAAUGGACCUAGUCCAAGGGAGAGGUCUAAAGGAUUGGAUCCUUAGGACAGGAAGGUUUGAGACUUUUAAAAGACUACGGCACCUGCAGGCUCAUCCUGUCGCUGAGCAGUUCUGUGAAAGCUACGUUCCUGAGUGGCCUGAGCUGAAGCAACUGGUAGCAAAGGCCACGGGCUCCAAAACAGCCAGUCAGAAGCUGAGGCAGCGCUUAAAAGACAGCCUUUCUUUCAGCUUCCCUCAGGACCCGCAAGAAAAUGGGGUCAUGGACCAUAUGGUGCGGAUGACCACAAGCAUCCACAGCCCCCUGGUAGUCACUGGUUGCCGUCCACUCUGUCCUUCCAGCCCCCCAGAGAUUGGCAAGCGACGGUUUGCCGUUCCUGAACUGCUUGAAAAGCACAGUAGCAAGGAGCUGGAGGAGAGCACAGUGUCCCACAUUAAAGGAUCCAUCACCUCAUCUUCUCUCACUGCUGUGUCAACCACCUCUGUAUCUCUGACCUCCUGCUGCCAGAACUCAGAGCGCAGGGAAAGCAUGCCAUCAGGUGGCAUGAGAAGCUUCAUUCCCCGCAGCAUGGCACAUAGAAACAGCAUCUUCCCCUCAGGCUGUAUUCCUAAGAUUGAAGUGACAAAAUCUGGGGAGCCCACUCCAAAGAAAGAGAAAAAGAAGAAAAGGCAGAAGGGCUACCUGGAGCCUCCGAUGUGGAAGUACAAGGAGGCAAAGGAGGAGAAAAAGAGAGAGAAGAAGCUUCAGGAAAAGGAAAAAGAGCAAGAGAAAAAAUCUAAGGGGUCCAAACGUUCAUCAAGCAAAAAAUGAGGCAAUAUUCUCUUUUCCUCAAGGAAUUUCACUGUGAUAAUGUCAUGCAUGAGGGAUGAGCAUGUGACUACAAUGACUCUAAAGCCAGUUUUAACAGAAGAAAAAGGGAUUGUUUGGAAGUGAGCAAUCAACAAUUAAAACUGACUGAUGGAUUUGAACUUUGGAUGGAUUUUUUGGCUUAGUAUGAAAAAGAGAAAACUGGGGUGACUUGAAAUUGCUAGGUGUGAUUUAAUGCUCAGCAUCUUUGCAAUGCUGAAAAUAACUUUAACCAAAUGUUAUUUGGUUUUGGUGACAAGUCUUAGAAUGGCUUUUUCUUAUUGCAACUUCUAUCUGGUGGAUUGGUCGAGUCCGUCUCUUGGGGAUGCAAAGUUUUACUGAUCACGGACACCUGCAAUGACGUUAUUUAAUCUUUAAAAACACUGUCCAUUUGUGAGGAUUUUACCAAUCUGUAUAUUGUGAUCAGUUUCUAAGUAGCCUGUGGUAUUCAACUGCAAGAUAACCAAAGCUAUAGCAAAUAUUGUAUAUACAGUAUAUGUGAGUGAAUUUAUGCAAUAGUUAUUUAAGAAGACUGUGCCCUCUUGCACCACCAUCAGUCAAGAGGUAAACUCAGUUCAGGAAAUCAACAAUACAUCUGAUUUGCUCUGCUGACUGCCAUCUAAAUCUAUACAAAAGUCACUAAUGAGGCUGUCAUCGGUCCAGAGUUGAGAUCUCUUUUGAGAGCUCAUUUUACCUAUACACCAAACCAAUGCUGCUAUGUCAGAUGCAGCGUCUGAAGGAUGCUUUUAUUCCACAGGGUUUUGCUACUUCAGACAGUCUGGCCAUGAAGCACAAAUAAGGUUGUUGGCAAAGAUUCAGACACUGGGAGUGAAUCAUAGCAAUGUAAUACAUUUUCCAAUUAUGAUCAAAACUGCUCAGUCAGUAGACAAAUCCUACAGUCCCUCAAACACCACUACCAGGGCAAAGUUAAAAAGUGAUUUUUGAGCUUAUAACUCGUGAGUGAGGCUCAAAAUUAUAAUUCCUUGGUCAAAGUCCAUUUUGUAGCCUUUUACGAAUGAAAUCAAUCCCUAUUUUGAAUUUUAUCAAACACUCAAUUUCAUUCUUAUUCUGUAAAGGUUCUCUAAUCCUCUGCACUUUCCACUGUAUGCAACAUGUAGCAUCUACCAGAUGCCUUUAUUUUGUCUUUCUGACAGACUUUUAAUACUCCAUACUGUGUGACUGUUGCAUGUGAAUGAUGUUACAGUGAUAAUACAGAAAAAAAGGAACUGAGCCAUAUCUGUGACAUUUUGUCUGAUCAUGGGAAAAACUGCUCACUGGUAUCCUCAGUCUGCCUGUGCUUAAUGUACCAUGUUUGAUGGGCUUUUACUUUACCACCAGAAUUGCCGCUUGCAAUAUUUUUUAUACACCAAUAGCAGACCUUACAUCUGCAGAGGUACCUAUGCACAGCAAAGAAACCUUUUGCACAUAAUGUUACUCAGGAAAUCUUUUAUUAAUAAUAUGUGGAGCACUACACAUUAAGCAAUCUAUCUGGGCAAGGCAUUGGGCCAUUUUAAAAUGUUCAUGGUACUUGUGUUAAAAUCAUAACUAAUAACUCAUACAGAUGUAAUUGCAAUACAUAUUCUAAUUACAACAAAAUAUAUUUAAAUGUGUUAUCUAAAAAAAAUCCUAUUUAGAUACUGUUCUUACAAAAAUUAAAGACUCGAUCCUGGGGUUGUUUAUUAUUAAGUGGAGGCCAGAGACUCUGAAAGCUCAGGUGUUCUACAUCUUGUUAAAGUGUGAGACCGAUAAAAUGCGUGUUUGGUUGCAAGUUUGG